GCUCUCCUUUAAAUCUUGUCAGCACUUUUUCUUUUCAGAGAAGACAGAAGGAGGGAGUCGCAUCACAGUCUUUCCGAACCAAUCUACAGCUGUCAUGCGCCGUCUUCUUUCACGGCGGGCGUUCCGUCCGGUGCUCGCUUCUGUGCGUCUCAUCACGACUGAGUCUUUUGUCUCCGCCGUCGACCAGGUGCAGCAUCAACUGCAGACGGCCCAGGAUAGGCGGGCGGAGUUGCUGCGCUACGGCCGCCAGCUUUACGAGGUGGAGCACCUGGAUGAUCUGCAAACGGCCUACACGCCUGUGGUGGCGAGCAAGGUGUGUCACCUCGCUUCCCAGCUGCGAAUUGACUCUUCAAAAGGGCAGCCCUUCGCCGCUGUAAUUGAGGCGAGUGUUUCCGCGGAGGGGGAGAAGUCGAUGGACGUGGCCUCUCUUGCACGCAUCGUGCACAGCUGCCUUGUGCUGCGCAGUCCGUACCUGUACGACGUGCUCUUUACCUUCAUUCCCUUUGUGCGGGCAGAAGCAUCGACGAUGGAUGCGGUGUCAACGGCGGUGCUCAUCAACGCCUACGGGCGUUCCGGUGUACACCACCCAGGCUUGUAUGAAGUGAUGUGCGACAACGGUGCGGCUGUACUGAAGGACACGCGUGUGUCACUGGCCCACAUCGCAAACGUGGUCUAUGCCGUGUCGCGUGUGCGCUACCUCCACAGCCCGCUCAUGCUGACGGUGCGCGACCAUGCGCUGCGCAAGGUGAGCGAGGCGUCGCCGAUCAUCGCCCUCACCAUCCUCGACGCGUUUACAGAGCUGCAUCAGAUCGACGAGGAGCUCUUCAGCGCCUACGAGCAGCGACUGCUGGAGCACUUAAAUGACCUCCAGGCGCCUCUGCUGGCCUCCUUCCUCUCGUGUAUUGCGUGGGCGGGCCGCGGCAAGGCAGACGUGAUGGAGGCGCUCGGCGCGCGUGCCGUCGCUCUCGUGGACACCUUCGAUGCCGCCUCCAUCGCGAAGGUUACGAACGCGUACUACCAAGCCAGCGUAAUCUCCGAGGACGUCUUUGGCGCCUUGGCGGAGCGGGCGUGCAAGGUCGCCUCCGACUUCCGCACCGAUGAGAUCGCGUCGGUGCUAAAUGCGCUGAGCUCCUUUGACCUCUUCGACGCCGAGCUCUUCCCACUGCUCGCCUCGCGAGUGGCGAUGCUGUACAAGCAGGUCGGCUACGUCGACGCGGCCGACGCGGCGGUUACCCUUAGCAGCUUCGCGGCGGUGCAGGAGCGCAACGACGAGCUGAUUUACGUGUGCUCACAGAUUUUUGCGGCGCAUCCGGGUGCGGCCAUGGACGGGGCGACUCGGAUUCACGCGCUGUGGGCGUACGCCACGCUGAACGUGCACAACGAGGCGCAGACGAAGAUGCUGGAGGAGGCACGCGCCAAGCCGUCGCUGAUGCAGGUGACGCCGGAGACUCGGCUGUCCGCCAAGGACAAGGCGAUGCUGGAAGAACGAAAGCAGUUUGUACGCAAGGCGUACGGCAUCGACGUGGCCACUGCAGCCCCGUGA